AUGGACGACCCCGUUGCCGAGAUCCCCUACGUGAUCGCCCUCCUGACCGAAACUCCUCCAUCCCUACAGCAGGCUACCGUCAACAAAUACUUCACACAAAAUGCCUCCUUCACCCACCCCUUCUGCCGCACCGGUACCUCAGCCCAUUCCCGAUACUUGAUCGAGCGCAUAUACCGGUGGUACAAGAUCAUGUCACCACGGAUCACCGCAAAAGUCCACAGCGUCUCCUACGACGACAAGAACAAAGUUCUCUACGUCGGCCUGACCCAGGUCUUUGCCAUUUGGGCCGUUCCCACCCACCGAUCCGAAGUCUCGCUCGUCACAGUACUACAUCUAUCGCCUCAGAGAGACCCAGAAGAUCAAGGAAGAAUCAAAUAUUACAUCUCUAGCCAGAACGACCUGUACCAGACGGACCAAUUCAUCAAGUUCAUUCUGCCCUGGAUCGCCAUCGUCGUGCCCAUCUGGCAGUUCUUGGCCACCAUCUUCUGCGUCAUUGGCAGUUAUCUUUUUGCUCCUGUUACCUGGUGGGAGGAGCAUAUGCAAGAUCAGUUCACGAGGCCUGAGAGACCUCCAAAGUGGAGCGACGCACGAUGA